AUGUGGCCGUUCGAUAGCAAGAGACGGCAGUAUGAGGUGGUCGCAGCAGACGAGGAGGAAUUGAAAUCCCCAGGCAGCCCGAGACCUGCCAUCACAAGAAGAAGUGGCAGUAAGAGCAGGCGAACACUCGCGAUAUUGCUGGCAGUUACCAUCUUGAUACCACUGCUGGCAGCUUCGGCAUACUACGCAUACGGGCUUUCGAGAGACGGAGCCAAUGGCACAGACAAUAUCGGACUGCCGGGAGACGAUAGCGAGCAAUCAAACGCAACAUCUCCACGAUGUCUGCCACGACGCGAAUGGCGCACACUGUCACAGGACGAACAGCGGAGCUACAUCUCAGCCGUGCUAUGCCUACGGUCUCAACCGUCCAUCCUCGUGCCAGACAGCAACAGGACAUCCUACGAUGACUUUCCGUGGAUACAUAGCCAUGUAGGCUACUACACGCAUAAUAGUGCACCUUUCUUGCCAUGGCAUCGAUACUUCUUACAUAUAUACGAGUCUACGCUUCGAGAUACUUGCGGCUACCAAGGCAGCUUAGUGUACUGGGACUGGACGCUUGACAGCGAUGCGCUAGAGCUCAGUCCAGUCUUCGAUCCCGAAAGCGGAUUUGGUGGCGAUGGUGAGGUGGGUGGUGAGAUUAGCAUUGGACGAACAGGACGAUGCUUGGUUGAUGGUCCAUUCGUGGGGAUCAUGGCAGACUACUAUGAUGUCAAGUAUAAUCCUCACUGCCUGUCUCGAGGCUUUCGUGACCAGGAAGGCAAGCUAGGCCAUAUCGAUGGUCAUGAUGUUAGUCCGGAGUCCAUCAAAGAAGUGCUCAGUCUCGGCGAUUACGAAAGUUUCGUCAAGCUUAUGGAAAGCCGCGUACACGAUGCAAUACCCUUUGGUAUCGGAGGUGACUUUGAGACUUUCACUGCUCCAUAUGAUCCGCUGUUCUUCCUCCAUCACACUCAGCUUGACCGAUUGUGGUGGCUAUGGCAGCAGCGGCAGCCAGGAUAUGGUCUGGUAUCAUAUGGGGGGCACAAGCACAGACACUCAACGGAGAUGUCUAGCUUGGAGGAUGAGAUCAAUAUGCAAGGACUUGCUCCCAAGGUUAGAGUCGCAGAGGUCAUGGAUGUAGAGGGUGAGCUCUUAUGCUACACGUAUACAUAG